AUGGAAGUUGCAAGCGUAGUCACCCAGCCUGGCAAGACCAACCUGGAUUACUACAGGAAUGACAGCGCAGGGAUGUCCCUGUAUGGGAACCCGGUGAACGACACAGACUUCAUGUGUGACAAGAGGCAGGUCAGGCAGUUUGCUCGAGCCUUCCUGCCGGUGUGUUUCUGGCUCAUCUUCUCUGUGGGCACGGUGGGAAACGCCUUGGUCGUGCUUGUCUAUUGCAAAUACCGCUUCAGGAGGAGCACGGUGGACCGGUACCUGCUGCACCUGGCCAUCGCGGACCUGCUCCUUCUCUUCACCCUUCCUUUCUGGGCCAAGGCCGCCUCCGAUGGCUGGAUCUUCAAGAACUUCAUGUGCAAAGUCGUCAACAGCAUGUAUAAGAUCAACUUCUACGGCUGCAGCUUGUUUCUAACCUGCAUCAGUUUUGACAGGUACAUCACUAUUGUCCAAGCGAUGAAAGCUAAAACUUCCAAGCGAAGGCGGCUCCUGCGCAGCAAACUCAUGUGCUUGGCUGUCUGGCUGACGUCCGUCAGCCUGUGCAUCCCAGAGAUCGUGUACAGCCAAAGCACGUGGGUGGGCGACAUAACAGUUUGCAAAAUUACGUACCCACCAAAUGUCAGCGCAGUCUUCAGAGUUACUGUCCUGGCCUUGAAAGUCACAAUCGGAUUCUUCCUCCCACUCUUUGUCAUGGUUAUUUGUUAUGCCCUUAUCAUCAACACCCUCCUGCAAGCCAAAAGAUCCCAAAAGCAGAAGUCCCUGAAGAUCAUCACCAUGAUCAUCACCGCUUUCCUCGUCUCUCAGCUCCCGUACAACAUUCUUUUGCUGGUCAAAGCCAUCAACACCUACACCAGGGUGGCCUACAGCUGUCAGGCUGCCGACCGGCUGGACGUCGGGCUGCAGGUCACCCAGAGCAUUGCCUUCCUCCACAGCUGCCUCAACCCAUUCCUCUAUGUCUUUGCUGGGGAGCGGUUCAGGACGGCGUUGGGCAGGGUGAUGCGGAGAGGUGGCUGCUGCCAGAGCGGGGGCCAAGAGCAGUGCUCCUCCGCCUGCGACAGCCAGGAGCACAGCUCAGACUGGUCCUUUGCCAUGCUGGGCAGGCGGCGGGUGAGGAACUCGCUGACCCUCAGCACCCAUUUGUCCUCCUCGCUUACCCCCCGGCCUUGCCAAGUCCUCUUGUAA